GGCCCGCAGUCCCCGCCUCCUCGGCCGCCGCCUCCGUGGGGCGGGGCCCUGGCCCGGGACCAGCCGCCGCGGCUAUAAAUGGGCUGCGGCGAGGCCAGCUGAACGCUGUGACAGCCACACGCCCCGAGGCCUCCAAGAUGAGCUACACGCUGGACUCGCUGGGCAACCCGUCCGCCUACCGGCGGGUCACCGAGACCCGCUCGAGCUUCAGCCGCGUUAGCGGUUCCCCGUCCAGCGGCUUCCGCUCUCAGUCGUGGUCCCGAGGCUCGCCCAGCACGGUGUCCUCCUCCUACAAGCGCAGCGCGCUCGGCCCGCGCCUCACCUACAGCUCGGCCAUGCUCAGCUCCGCCGAGAGCAGCCUCGACUUCAGCCAGUCCUCGUCCCUGCUCAACGGCGGCGCCGGGCCGGGCGGCGACUACAAGCUGUCCCGCUCCAACGAGAAGGAGCAGCUGCAGGGACUGAACGACCGUUUCGCGGGCUACAUCGAGAAGGUGCACUACCUGGAGCAGCAGAACAAGGAGAUCGAGACUGAGAUCCAGGCGCUACGGCAGAAGCAGGCCUCACACGCCCAGUUGGGAGACGCGUACGACCAGGAGAUCCGCGAGCUGCGCGCCACACUCGAGAUGGUGAAUCACGAGAAGGCUCAGGUGCAGCUGGACUCGGAUCACCUGGACGAAGACAUCCACCGGCUCAAGGAGCGCUUUGAGGAGGAGGCACGGCUACGCGACGACACCGAGACGGCCAUCCGCGCGCUGCGCAAAGACAUCGAGGAGGCGUCGCUGGUCAGGGUGGAGCUGGACAAGAAGGUGCAGUCGCUGCAGGAUGAAGUGGCCUUCCUGCGGAGCAAUCACGAAGAGGAGGUGGCCGACCUGCUGGCCCAGAUCCAGGCGUCGCACAUCACCGUGGAACGCAAAGACUACCUGAAGACCGACAUCUCAUCGGCGCUGAAGGAGAUCCGCUCCCAGCUCGAGUGCCACUCCGAUCAGAAUAUGCACCAGGCCGAAGAGUGGUUUAAGUGCCGCUACGCCAAGCUCACCGAAGCGGCCGAGCAGAACAAGGAGGCCAUCCGCUCCGCCAAGGAAGAGAUCGCCGAGUACCGGCGCCAGCUGCAGUCCAAGAGCAUCGAGCUCGAGUCAGUGCGUGGCACCAAGGAGUCCCUGGAGCGACAGCUCAGCGACAUCGAGGAGCGCCAUAACCACGACCUGAGCAGCUACCAGGACACCAUCCAACAGUUGGAAAACGAGCUUCGGGGCACCAAGUGGGAAAUGGCUCGCCAUUUGCGAGAAUACCAGGAUCUUCUCAACGUCAAGAUGGCUCUGGAUAUCGAAAUCGCUGCCUACAGAAAACUCCUGGAGGGUGAAGAGACCAGAUUUAGCACAUUUGCAGGAAGCAUCACCGGGCCGCUGUAUACACACCGACCGCCCUCAGUCACAAUAUCCAGUAAGAUCCAGAAAGCCAAGGUGGAGGCCCCCAAGCUAAAGGUCCAACACAAGUUUGUCGAGGAGAUCAUAGAGGAAACCAAGGUGGAAGAUGAGAAAUCAGAAAUGGAAGUCGCCCUGACAGCCAUUGCAGAGGAACUGGCCGUUUCCAUGAAAGAAGAGAAGGAAGAGGUGGCAGUAAAGGAAGAAAAGCGAGAGGCUGGAGAAGUCGUAGCUCCCAAAAAGUCUCCAGUGAAAGCUACGGCGCCAGAACUGAAAGGAGAAGAAGAAGGAGCCAAGGAGGAGGAGGAGGAGGAGGAGGAGGAGGAGGAAGACGAGGGAGUGAAAUCAGACCAGGCUGAAGAAGGGGGGUCUGAGAAGGAAGGUUCCAGUGAGAAGGAGGAAGAAGGCGGCGAAACAGAGGCCGAGGGUGAAGGAGAGGAAGCCGAAGCCAAGGAGGGAAAGAAAGCCGAGGGACAGGGUGAGGAAGUGGCUCCCAAGGAGGAGCUGGUGGCAGAGGCCAGGGGGGAGAAGCCGGAGAAAGCCAAGUCCCCCCUGCCUAAGUCGCCAGUGGAAGAGGUGAAACCCAAAGUGGAGGCCGGGCCUCCGAAAGGGGAGCCAAGGAAGGAAGAGGAGAAAGUGGAGGCAGAAAAGAAAGCAGCAGCAAAGGAAUCACCCAAGGAGGAGAAGAUGGAGAAGAAGGAGGAGAAGCCCAAAGAGCUUCCCGAGAAGAAGAAGGCUGAGUCCCCAGGGAAGGAGGAAGCCGUGGAGGAGGUGGUGGCCGUCGCCAAAUCAGUAAAGGUGAGCGUGGCGCAAGAGGUCAAAGAGGAGGAGAAGCGACAGCAGCCAGGGAAGGAGAAAGAGAAGGAAACGGAGAAGGGGAAGGCGGGAGAGGGGGCCAGGGAGGAGGGCGGUGACCGAGUCUCCAAGGGAUCCACGAAGGAAGACACUGCGGUAAAUGGGGAGGUGGAAGGAAAGGAGGAGGCACAGGACACUAAGGAGAAAGGCAGCGGGGGAGAAGAGGAGAAAGGGGUUGUCACCAACGGGCUAGACCUGAGCCCAGUGGAUGAGAAGGGGGGUGACAGAAGUGAGGAAAAAGUGGUGGUGACCAAGAAGAUAGAAAAAAUCACCAGUGAGGAGGGGGGAGAUGGUGCUACCAAAUACAUCACUAAAUCUGUAACCGUCACUCAAAAGGUCGAAGAGCAUGAAGAGACCUUUGAGGAGAAACUAGUGUCUACUAAGAAGGUAGAGAAGGUCACUUCACACGCCAUAGUAAAGGAAGUCACCCAGGGUGACUGAUAGUUGAGUUCACUGCAAAAGGUUAAGCCAUAUGACAAUUUUAAUAUGCAUGUGAUUGACAGCUUCAAAGCAGAGCGGGUUCUCCCAUGGGGGCUCCGGACAUUGUAUUUUACUUUGUGCAAUAUGAGGGAACUGCAUGCAAGCUCAGGGUGCUCCCUCCUCAGUCUUUGGGGGAUUCAAAUGCAUGAUAUUGUAUCUACCUGGGGAAUCAGCCAAUUUCCUAAGCUUUUGAAAGGGAGGCACUGGGGGGGAGGGGAAUGUCUUGAGGUGUAUUAUGCAAAGAACCAACUGAGCCAAAAAUAAUAAAAUGAAACACAGAACUCUCUUAGCCUUAAGAAAGCUAUAUAUGAAUAAUUAUGUUUACCUCACUGGUGCAUUUAAAAUGGACUUUUGUUCAUGGGAGAACCUCGUCGACAUGCAGUCUGCAACCUUUCGUUGAUUGAUGUUAAAUGUCACAGCAGUACUUGCUCAAUAAAGGUCAUAUUGGAAACAUA